GGGGACCAGGCGGGCUAUGAAAAAGUAUUGCAGAAGACGGGCGCGCAAAUGCGGCGUGUGGCGCGGUUGGCGUCGGGGCAUGGUAGGGUACGCGAAGCUUCGAUUGAAGCGGCCGAACUUGGCAGCCGAGUUGCAGUCCAGCGGGGCACACAUACAUACUGAUACGCACACUAAAGCUGAACACUACCUGAGAUUCAAGCACCACGAGCACUACGAGCAGGGUUCGAGUACUUUCGGUCUAGUGACUUCGCGUAAGAAUGGAUGACUUCUUUUCUAUUUUAGAUAGGGCGAAAAAAGAUGUCGAAGAGAAGCAGCGGCAAGCAAAGCGGGCGGAAGAGGCAGCAGCUCGGCAGCAAGCGGCCGCGUCUGCUUCUGCGAGGGUCGCUGUGGUCGCGGCAAACGCUGCGUCUCGUUUCGACGCCCGUGAGCGCGGCCGAGUGCUAGAGUCUGCGAAGGCGCUGCUUGAUUGAUUGAUGUUACAAGUUCAUGCUCGUAGAUUGGUCCAAACGAGCCAGGAAGCUCAUGGACCGCCAAAACUAGGCGCUGCGGACUGAGGGAGCCGGGAGCAUCAUCCUGGAGCUAGGAAGUUCACCGGUGCACCGGGGAGCAUGCUCCGAAUUGAUGCCGGUGACCGUGUGCGUCAUGAUCCGCACGCCUCACCCUAGCUUGUCAGCUUAGGGACUCGCAAGAGGUAGUCUUAUGACGCCGACCCACGGCUUAGGGCCCUGGUGCUUUGCACUUCCGCUCUGGGGCAAUCCAGUCUUGCCGUGUGCGGCGGGGCUUCAGGCGGGUGGCUUGGAACGUGACUUCCCAGCUCUCAUGGCGCUGCCGGGUCUGCUCACGCUCGGCACGGCAGUGCGGUGCUGGGAGGCGCUGGCCGCGGUGCGCCAGCUGGUGGCUUCCAAACCGGCUGGUGCGCUCGGGCCGCGCCUCGCACGUCGCUGCACUAUACAGUACAAGCGGUCCGUCCUGCGCCCCAUCCUGCGCAUUACGGAUAUGGCGCGCGUGCCGCCGGAGCUGCAGUCCGGCCCGGAUGCUGCUGCCCAAUUCUCCGCGCUGCUGGCCCGUGUACCGGCGGCGUGGAGGGUGGCGGCGUCGGCCACACUGCAUGCGCCUGGCGGCGCGGCCUCCGCGCCUCCUGCCCCCCAGAUGGACGCGUGGAGAAAUGCCCGUGUGGGACUCAGAUGACUGCUGGGGCUAGGGUUCAUCACUUCUGGGACUGUGUGGUGGCGGAGGCUCUGCGUGAUGUGAUGCGGGAGCAUGCGAAUGUGGACAUCACACGGAACCAGUUGUGGUUAGUACAGGCGCCACCAGGGCUAUCGCAGGCGGUGUGGGACAUCGUGUGCUUGGCUGCUGUGGCGGCCCUGGAAUACGGCCGACAGCGCCUUUACGCUUGCCGUGAUGCUGCAGACCGGACUGCGGAGGUUGCUGUUGUGCGAAGGAUAGGUGUGGAGGUGAUUGCGGACUUCUGGUCACGGCUAGCUGCGUUUGUGAGUCUGCGUCGGCCUCCGCGCCGCUGGGACCUUGUCCCGAACCAGCACCCAUUCCUAGCGUCAGAUGAUGUUGGAGGGGUUAUCUUGGUAGGGCCAACAGCGGACUCGCCACCGGCCUCACCCUAGCUUGUCAGCUUAGGGACUCGCAAGAGGUAGUCUUAUGACGCCGACCCACGGCUUAGGUGAGCAGCGCUAGCGUUUGCGGUGAGCCGGGCCUGGGGUUCCUCCCCUCUCCGGAGGCGAGGAGCAUGGGGGUCAUUCGGGGAUCUCUCCUCGGGUGAGCGUGCGUGUCUCGUACGUUUUUGGGGCCCUGGCUUAGUCCACGGCUGUCGUCCCACAUGUAACCUCUAUCAGCU